CUUUGAAAACAGAUUACCAUGACAGUAUAUAUAUAUAUAUAUAUCAUAUUGUUAGGUUCUACUGUCAUUUUGCGUAUAUAUGUCUUCGCAACAAUUGUUACGUAUACUAAUUUACAAAUGAUGAUAUGAACAUCCAGUAUGUGUAUAGGUAAUUUGAUUCUGAGUAGAAAAACCAUAUUUCUUUAAUUUUAUUUUAUUUUUUUCGAUAUGUGAACACAUGUUUUAGAAUCAAAUUACAAUUUUUACUAAUCGGAUUUACUGAAUUAAUAAUAAUAGUAGUAGAUAGUAAUUAAUUGGGAUCAUUUGUCAUAAAGAUGAUGAUAAUGAUUAAUACAGUGUUACUGUUAUCAGUGAUGAUGGUGAUAAUGAUGACAAUGACAAAGGAAUUGAUAAUUGAAUUUACACAACCCUUAUUCUUUUUACAAUAUUUAAACAGAUGACAGUAAUCAGUGACUACGUAUCUCAAUUAACAUUUUGCUAAUAGUUGUUACACUUUGAAGUAACAGAUUACAAGUUAUAUAUGUGUUACAGUUUCAUAUAUACGCUAAAAAAUGUAUAAUAGAUUACUUAAUGUAUUAGAGGAACUACUCAAUCACGAUACUUGUGAUUAAUUUGACCUUAUUUGUAAUAGUAAAUACUAAAGCUUAUAUAUAAAUACAUAUGAUGAUAUAUAACAUCAUUUUUCUUCUUCUAAUUUGUAUAAUAAGGUAAAUCGGUGCCAGAGUUUUUGUCUUCAAAUGAUAUACUAUUACUGUUACAUUCAUUACAAAUUACAAUCUGAAUAUAUUUUACAAUGGAUAAAUAAAAAAAGAAUCUGUUCAAUUAUCCUUUGUGACCAUUAUGAAUGAGCAGAGUUUUAGUCGCUACCAUCAUUCAACUAAUUUAGAUGAAUGUCAAGAGAAUAAUAAUGAUGUUGAUAAUGGUCGUCCAUUUGAUAAUGACUCAUCUUUAGAAUAUCAGUCAAAUAACAGUACACUAUCAUCAUCAUCAUCAUGUUAUGUUAAUUAUGAACUACAAAGUAAGAAUUAUGAUUCUGAUGAAAUUCUUGAUUUGAGAAUGCAUAAAAAUAAAAUCUUUGACACUUGGCCAUCAACAACAAUAUCUUCAUCUUCAUCCUUUAACUCGUUAUUUUCCACAAAUAUAAACCAUGAUAAUCAUUCGUGUAGAAUAUCGAAUUCAGAAUUAUUAAAUAAUCUAAUUGAAAUGAAUAAACAACAACACAUUGAUGCUUUAUUCAAUCAUCAUUUAACUUCAUCAUUAUCUUCAUUACCAAGUACUACUACUAAUACUACUACUACUACUACUACUACCACCACCAAUAAUACUACUAAGUUGAAUACAUUUUCAACUGCUUUAACAUCAUCAGUAGUAUAUGAAAAAUUAACACAAACAAUAACCACUUCCAAUAUUAGUCCUAUAAAUAAUUUAAUAGAUUUUACCAAUACACUAUCAAAAACUAUUCAUACAUUAUCUAAAUAUCAUUAUUCUAAAUUAAAUGAUCAUCAACCAAAAUCAUUAUCGAAUAUUAAACAUUCAAUUAAUCAUGAAUUUCAAUUGGAUAAAAUAAAUUUUCUUUCAAAUUUCCCAUAUUAUCUUUAUCGAAUUUUUUCUACAUCAAAUAUCAUUCCUACUAUUCAACAACUACAACAACAAUCACACCAGCAUCAGCAGCAACACAAUCAAGAACGACAAUCCUAUAAUUCUAUUAAUUCAUCUUCAAUAGAUCCUUUACAAGAUAAUACAAAUAUUUCAUAUUCAUUAUUAAAACCAUGUAUAAAAUUUUCUAAUAUGAAUUCAAUCAAUCAACAAUAUGCAACAUCAUUUGAAUUAUCAAUUAAUUUUAUAAAUUGGUAUCAUCAAUUUAUGCAAAAUUUACAUCAAUUAUUAUUAAAACAACAAUUCAAACAACAACAACAGAAGUAUGAUCAUCAUCCUCAACAACAACAGCAGCAGCAUGAUCAUCAUCAUCAUCCUCCUCAACAACAACAAGAUCAUCGACAACAACAACGACAAAUUGAUCAUCAACAAAAUGAUCAAAGUUUAAAAUGGAUUAAAAAGGAGACAAAUGAAUUCAAUAAAGAAUAUCAAAUUAGUUUAAGUUCAUUUAAUUUACAUUUAGAUAAAGAGAAAUAUUAUCAAAAGAUAAAUAAUUCAACAGAUCAUUUAAAAGUCAAUAAAUAUGAUACAUCAAAUGAUGAAAAUUUUUCUAAUUUUCAAUCAAAUCAAGAUGAAUUACCUAUUGAUUCAUGUUCACAAAAAUGGAUCAUUUAUCAAAAUGAAUCAAAUCUUUUAUCUGAACAAUCAACAUUUACUAAAUCAAUAAAUGAUAAAAUCAAUACAAAAUUAUUCAAUAAAUCUAAAUUAUCCUAUUCUAUUAAUUCAUCACUAUCAUCAUCAUCAUCAUCUAAUCCAAUUCAUUAUUAUCGUCAUAUUUAUCAUUAUCAUCAUAAUCAACAAUUAAUUAAUAAUCGUAUUAAAUAUAAAUUACAAUUAAAUAAUAAUAAUAAUCAUAAUAUAAAAAUCAAUAAAAAUUCUAAUUUAUUAUAUCGUUAUCAAUGUCCACAUUGUAAUAAAGAAUUUCCACGUUCAGCUAAUUUAAAUCGUCAUUUACGUACACAUACUGGUGAAAAACCAUAUCAUUGUGAAUAUUGUCAAAGAGGUUUUAGUAUAUCAUCUAAUAUGCAACGUCAUAUAAGAAAUAUACAUCAACGUGAACGUCCAUUUAUAUGUACAAUAUGUAAAAGAGCAUUUGCUCAAAGAACUAAUUUAGAUAGACAUAAACGUAAUCAUUGGUUACAUAAUUCAUAAAACUUAUAAAAUGUAUAUUUAUUCAUUUAUUUAUUCAAUUCGAAUCAACAUUAUUUUCUUGAUUAUUUUGUUUGUUUGUUUGUUUAUUAGUCACUUUUGAUUGUUGAACUUUGUAAGAUGAUUUCAUGUUCAUAUUGUUCAUGAUAUUUUCUUUUCUUUUUAAAAAAAAAAUAAACAGUAACAAAGAA